CAGGAGUGUGUGAGUCGCUUGCGUCGCUGCAGCGCAAUGGCUGAGGCUCACAGUGCUCUAUGGGGGUUGGUGGAGGAGUUUGUGGUUGGAGAGCAGGAUUCCAGGUCUGCCGAAGUAGCAGCAGGUGUAAAAGAUGGGAUCUUCACUGUGCUGCAAGUGGUGGAGGCACUUGGCUCUUGCCUUGCAAACCCUGAACCCAGAUCGCGAGCUAAAGGCAUGCAGCUUCUGUCAAGAGUUUUACUGGAGUGCUACUCCAGGCUUACAGAAAAAGAAGUGGAAGUCCUGGUUUUGUUUUAUGAAAACCGAUUGAAGGACCAUCAUCUCAUUACACCGCAUGUCCUCAAAGGACUGAUGGCAUUGAGCAUGUGCGAUGUGCUCCCUCAAGGUUUGGCCGUGUCUGUGCUUAAAUCAGUUUUUCAAGAAGUCCAUGUUCAGUCUUUAAUGCAGAUUGACCGACACACAGUCUACAUGAUCAUCACUAAUUUCAUGAAGACACGCGAGGAAGAGCUGAAGAGUCUUGGAGCUGAUUUCACUUAUGGAUUCAUUCAAGUUAUGGAUGGAGAAAAGGAUCCACGAAACCUCCUAGUGGCCUUCCACAUUGUGCAGGAUAUCAUUACUAAGAACUAUGCACUUGGUCCUUUUGUGGAAGAGCUGUUUGAAGUGACAUCAUGCUAUUUUCCCAUAGAUUUCACUCCUCCACCCAAUGAUCCACAUGGCAUUACCAGGGAACACUUAAUAGUGGGCUUGAGAGCUGUUCUGGUGUCUACAUCACGUUUUGCAGAGUUCUUUCUGCCACUCUUAAUUGAAAAAAUGGACUCUGAUGUGCAAAGUGCUAAGCUGGAUUCGCUUCAGACACUGAUUGCCUGUUGUACAGUUUAUGGACAGAAGGACCUGAAAGAAUUCCUCUCUGGUCUUUGGUCAUCCAUACGGCGGGAGGUAUUUCAGACAGCAAGUGAAAAGAUUGAGGCAGAAGGUCUAGCUGCCCUACAAGCACUCUCUGCCUGCCUUUCUCGCUCAAUACUCAGUCCUGAUGCUGAGGAUUUGCUGGACUCAUUUUUAAACAGCAUACUGCAAGAUUGCAAGCACCAUCUGUGUGAGCCGGAUAUGAAAUUGGUGUGGCCCAGUGCCAAACUUUUGCAAGCUGCUGCUGGUGGGUCUUCCAGAGCCUGUUGGAAAGUCACAGCCAAUGUCCUUCCUUUGCUUUUGGAACAGUACAACCAGCAUGCUCAGAGCAGCCAUCGCAGGACAAUCCUAGAGAUGACAUUGGGCUUCUUGAAGCUGCAGAGCAGGUGGCUUGAUGAAGAAGAUGACAAUGGUCUGGGGAAUUUAAAGGAAGCCUUGUGUACCAUGGUAUUUUCAGCAGUGACUGAUUCCAGCACUCAACUGCAUCAAGUGGCUGUGAGAACCCUGACUGUCCUAGCGAUGCAGCAAGGUUUUUUGUCAUCCAGUGAUAUUGACCUGGUCGUCGAUCAUUUGACAAGACUCAUCUUACAGGAAACAGACAGUGAAAGCUGUAUGGCAGCCAUUGAGGCUUCAGGAACCCUGGCUAAAGUUCACCCCUCAGUGUUUAUCAGUAGGAUGCUGCCACAGCUCUGCGCAAACUUGCAAACAGAACCAAUGGAUAUUAAUCUGAAUGAAAGCAGAGUGGUCCCUGAGCGUUUUAUAAGGCAGCGAUGUCUAGAGGCAUUAGCCGCUGUAUCCACACAUCAGAGUAUUCUUAAAGAAACUGUUCCUAUCCUACUGGACUAUAUAGGGAGGGUGCACAAUGGAGAAGGGGAGACAAAUGCAGAAAAUGUGGUGUCUAUAUGUAGGAGCCUUCAUCGGGUGGCUGUACAGUGCCAACUAGAUUCCGAGGCUCUUCAGUUUUACCAUGAAAUUGUGUUACCCUCCCUUCUGUCAUUAACUGUACAAGCUGCAACACAAGACAGCGGAACUUCCUGCAAUGUUUUGCUGAGGGAUGAUGUUCUCACUGCAAUGGUGCCAGUAAUUACUGCAGCCUGCACCCAUCUCACACCCGAGUUAGCCUCAAAAAGCGUCUCCCAGGUUGUAGCCUUAUUUCUUGAUGGGGAUGUUUCACUUUUUUCUGAAAACAAUUUACCAAGCAACUUCCAACCAUUCCAGGUAAAUGGUCCCACGGAGCUCCAGAACCACUUAGUAUCAUUGUUAAUGGCAUUUGUUUGCUCCUUGCCAAGAAAUGUGGAAAUUCCACAUCUGAGACGAUUGCUGCAGCAUUUGUUAUCAUUGAGUCUCUCAGGGUGCUCACCAUUUGCAUAUUCCUCUGCCUCAAAAUGCUUUGCUGGGCUAAUCAAUAAAUGUCCCCAAGGGGACCUGCUGGAUGAUAUACUUCUAGUAACAGCUCAACGGAUAGAUGUGGGGCUGGUGGAUGAACCCAGCAGGACUCGGGCCAUUACUCUCCUAGUCUGGGUAACCAAAGCCUUGGUACUGAGAUACCACCCUUUGAGUGGGCAGCUAACCAAUAAGAUGAUUGGUUUACUGUCUGAUAAGCAGCUGGGUCCUUCAGUGGCAAAUAUGUUCUCCCUGUUAGUAUCAGACUCGCCGGAUAUCAUUAAUAAAGCCUGCCAUGCAGACAUCCGCAUCAUGUUCCGGCAAAGGUUCUUCACAGAGAAUGUCCCAAAGCUGGUGCAAGGUUUCAACUCUGCCAACAGAGAUGACAAGCCAAACUACCUGAAAGCUCUCUCCCACGUGCUUAAUGCACUGCCAAAGCAAGUUCUCAUGCCGGAGCUUCCAUCGUUAUUAUCCCUGUUGCUUGAGGCCUUAUCCUGUCCUGACAAAGUGGUCCAGUUGUCAACUCUGACCUGCUUAGAACCUCUGCUGCAAGAGGCGCCGGAGACCCUGAAAGUGCACAUAGACGGUCUUAUUUCCAAGCUCGUCAGUCUGACCUUAAGCCCUGCAAUGGCUGUUCGGAUUACAGCUUUGAAGUGUAUCCUUGCUCUCACCAAGCUCCCCUUGCACAUGCUCCUGCCUUAUAAGCAACAGGUGAUCCGUGCCUUAGCCAAACCUCUGGAUGACAAGAAAAGACUAGUGAGGAAGGAGGCAGUCGAGACUCGCUGCCAGUGGUUCUUGCUUGGAAGUCCAGGGAGCUGAGAACAGACUGGAUUCUAACUUUGCACGGAGACAAUCUAGCCAGGAUGCCACUUAUUCUUACGACAUGAUCAACACCAUGACUCCAUGUGCCAUCUUGUUUAGUCGCCCCUCAAAUACUGACAACCCCAGGCCCUAACAUAGAAGCGGGACCUGCUCACGUCAUUAACUCACUGCUAAGUGGAUCACAGACGUCCUGCAGCUUUAUAUUGCACAUGAACGAUGGUAGCACAGAUGUACAUUAGAUCAAUGACUUGGCAUGUGGAUGAAGAGAACUAGUCCAUGAAAUAUAUAUAAGGUGUAUAUUAUAACGUAUAGUUCUGUGAAUGAAUAGCAACGCCAGUCUCUUGGCCUGGUUUUAAGUUGGACAUAAAAGUUGUUUUUUUUUUUUU